AUGCUGUCGCGAUCAUACCUCAUCUCGUUCGUUUACGCGACAUCUUUGGUUGCUGCAGCGAGUCAGAAAUGCUACAGCCUGACCGGCACACUACUCAACGACAGCUUCGCGCCAUGCAACCCGACUGCUAGGCAUAGUGGCUGCUGCGCCACAAACAAGACGUCCGGAGCUGAUAUCUGCCUGGAUAGCGGCUUAUGUACGGCGACGCAGAACGAGUUCAUGGGUACCAUAUGGCAAAAUGGGUGUACCGAUUCCACUGGCAACGCGACCGAAUGUCCACAGCUUUGUCCUGGCAUGAACAAAGAUUUCGAUGGGCUGACACCAGUAUCUGCGUGGAACAUUCAAACAUGUGACUUCGGCACUUAUUGCUGCAGGGGAAUUGAUGACCGGCACAACUGUUGCAACAACUCGACGGCACCGAGAAUCACAACAACUUCCAUCGGUGCCUUUCAGUUGCAGACUUCUACGGCUGUAUCAUCAUCGACCUCGUCCACAUCGUCUGCAGCAGCGACUGCGACCAGCUUAUCAUACGACCGCGAAGCGACUCUCACAUCCAAUGCAGAUGUUUGCAAGAGCGAAAAGCACAAGACGACUAUCAUCGGCAGCGUAAUUGGAGGUGUACUCGGGACUGCCAUGGUGUGCCUGUUGGGUGUUGUAUACUGGAUGGCGAAGCGAGAGCAGCGACAACGCAAGUUGAAGGAGCACUACGAGAAGCAGUUUGCGCAGACCUGGGCCUAUCGCAAGGCCCUGGCGACCAGCACGACGUCGGUAAAGACUGAGUCUCACCACGAAGAGUUCAUGGAAAAGUCGAGCGGAAGCGAGGUAUCGUGA